AUGAGAGUUGUUGCUCUAGUGCUUUCUCUCUCGGGCGCCUCGGGCACAGCGCAGUGGACCGCAAUAAAUGAAAGCAAGGAGAUUCAGUCGGAUAAGCAGAGGUCGGAUGCCACGCUCUCAAAGCUUGAUGCGCUUCUGAAUUCUUCGAAAGAGACGAGUGCCUUCUUGCACGGAAAUGGUACUGUUCUGAAGAUCAUGAAUGAAGAGCUUGACAAGCUAUCGGGAGACAAUGCGCUCGCAGAUCUUCAGGAGCAGAAGCAGCUGGUAGAGAAGGACAAAAAAGAUCGACAAGAGGCAGAGACGGCGCUGACCAGAGCCAUUGCGAAGGCACGCAGCGCCUCCGCGGCGGAGAAGCAGGCGGAGAAAGCCCUGGAGGCUGUGGAGAAAGACGUCGCCGCCAAGAGGGCGGACGUGCAGACUGCAGAGGCAGCCCUGCAGAAGGCGAACGACUACCUGGUCAGGCUCCUUUCUAACCCGGAGAAAGUCGGAUCUCCCAAUGUCCUUGCGGCGCACAGUGAGGUGGACGACAAGGCCACGAAGCUCAAGGCUGCAAAAGACGCGCUGGGGCACGCAGAGGGCAGCAGGAUUGCCAAAGCCACAGCCCAUGACAAGGCCGAGGAGAUGGUCCGGAAGCGUAGGGUUCAGCAGCAGAAGGCACAGCAGGCUGUCAACGAAGCCGGUUAUGUACUGAGGGGUGCUGCGGAUACGCUCGAGAAGGAGCGCAUAGCAAGUGCCCCCAAGAGGCUCGAACUCCAGAGGUUGCGCGAGUCGAUAGAGGCUCAGGAGCGCGUCGUGGAGUCUCUCGAGUCCAGGAACGCCUCCCUGAACCUCAGCGUCAGCGCGACGCAGCACGAUUACACCGAACUCCAGGAGGCAAUCAAGCAUGCUUCGUCUUGCAAAAUUGCCCUCCUCGAUGCCGAUGACAAGGUCCAUGAUAAAGAGCGAACUUACAACCUGACCUUCGAUGCGUGGCAGGCAUCGCCGACGAGUGAGGGUCUGCGUGCGGCGGCAUGGGAUGACUUGGUCGCACUUGUCAGUGCGAAGUACGAUCGAUACCUGUCUACGAAGGGCUGUGCACCGAGCGGCCUAGACAUCCCGCCGGCGUCCCCGCCCGCGCACUGCGAGCCGGAGACGCCAGGCACGUGCUCCGUUCUCUGGUGCGACAGGACGCGCGGAGCCUACUGCGACCUCCAGACCCACCGGUGCCGGUGCCCGGGGGGCUACUGCGCCAGGGGCGGCGGCUGCCAGUCGCGCGGCCCGCCGACGGUGGCGUCGCUGGACCGCGAGCGGGGCGCGCAGGGCGGGGCCCAGGAGCCGCCCAGCGGCGGCUGGACGUUCCCCGUCACCCUCGUCGCCGCGCUGCUGGCCGCGCUGCUGGCCGCGGCGGCCGCCGCCGCCGUCGCGCAGAAGCGGCGUGCGGGAGGGCGCGCGUGGGAGGACUGCGCUGCCGCUCCGUACGUCUACGUUCCGGCGGGCAGCGUUGCCACUCCUUUUGUCACAGACGAGAGCCGGGCAGUGGCGUUCGCAACACAGGCCGUCAUGCAGCUUGCAGGUCCCGAGAGCAGCGGCAUGGUCGAGUUCGCUUCUGGCCCGGGCGCCGCCCCGCACUCGGCGCGCGGCGCCAUGGACUCCCACGAGCGCGGGGAGAUCCCGGAGCUGCUGCGCGCCGGCUGCAUCGGCGCGGCGGCCGCCUGUGUGGUCGGCACGCCGCUCGACGUGGCGCGGCACUCCGCCCAGGCUGCCGUCUCCAAGAAGAGCAAGCAGCCCGCGGCCCUGGGGGCGGCGCUGCGCGCGGCCGCCGAGCCUGGCGCGGUCAGGGGCCUGUGGCGCGGGCUGGCGCCCGCCCUGGCGCACGCGGCGCUGGCCCCCGGGGCGUUCCUCCUGUCGUACGAGCUGCUGAAGGGAGACAAGACGCCCUUCGAGGCCGCCCUGCAGGCGCGCGCCGUGCAGGUGGUCGCGUUGCAGCCGCUCGAGUUCCUGCGCACGUGCCGGCAGGGCGGGGCGCUGCUGGAGCCGGGCGCCACGGAGCACCUGCGGCGGAGCGCCUGGCAGGUGGCGGUCCAGGACGGCGGCCCGAAGACGCUGUGGCGGGGCCUCGGGCCCACCCUGGCGAGGGACGUGCUCUUCACGGGCACCUUUCUGGCCGCCUACAUCGGCUUCGAGAGGGCGCGCCGCGGGGUCGGGGACGACAGGGAUGCCGCUCCGGUCCCAGCUAUGGAGCUGGCAGCCUUUGGGUCGGCGGCUGCCGUCGCCGCGGCCGUGGUCACGCAGCCCUUCGAUGUCGCGAAGACCAGGAUGCAGACGCACAAGCUGGUGCAGUCCAACGACGAGGGCUAUCUCGGCGGCGCGCAAGAGGGGGCCAGGCGACGGGGGAAGGCGUCCCGAGACGGCAAUCCGCCUUUGGGAGGGCUUCCUUUGUCUGGCCCCCUUCAUGCCAAGGUGCCUCCGGGCUGCUCCUGGGCCCGCUGUUCCAGUUCGCGCAGUACGUCGCGGACGACUCGGCCAGGCCCCUCCGGAUGAGCUUCGUGCUGCCGCCAGACCCCUCGCGCACGAUCGUGCACCCGCGCGCCUCGAAGGCUAUGUUCAUCGACGUCAAGGGCGGCUAGCGCUGGCAGGUCCCGCGCCCACGUCGGGGACCUGCCGUGUGCCAGCGCGCCGCUCCCCGCAGCGGUGCCCCGCCCGCAGCAGCGCCGCUGGGCCCGCGGGGCGUGCACCUCUGCGGGCCGAGGGCUCGGCGCCGGGCGGCGAGGCCUUCUGCGCUCUGGGGCUCGUCGCCCGACGGCGGCCCACUGGAGCCGAGUGCCGGCGGGCCGGCGCAGGGCCGCGCUGGAGCCGAGCGCCCGUCGCGCGCUUCCGUGCCCGCGCCAGCAGCGUGAGGGGGGUGUCCUUCUCACCUCACCUUCGCGGGAGCCGCCAGCCCUUUUCAGAGGAGGAGAAGGUACCCA